AUCUGCCCCGCGCCGAGCGCCGCCGCCGCCGCCGCCGCCGCCGCUCCGCUGCCCGCGCCGCCCGCGGCUCCCGAUGGAGACUGACGCGCCCCAGCCCGGCCUCGCCUCCCCGGACUCGCCGCACGACCCCUGCAAGAUGUUCAUCGGGGGACUCAGUUGGCAGACCACGCAGGAAGGGCUGCGCGAAUACUUCGGCCAGUUCGGGGAGGUGAAGGAGUGUCUGGUGAUGCGGGACCCCCUGACCAAGAGAUCCAGGGGUUUCGGCUUCGUCACUUUCAUGGACCAGGCGGGGGUGGAUAAAGUACUGGCGCAAUCGCGGCACGAGCUCGACUCCAAAACAAUUGACCCCAAGGUGGCCUUUCCUCGGAGAGCACAGCCUAAGAUGGUGACUCGGACGAAGAAGAUCUUUGUUGGGGGCCUCUCGGUGAACACCACAGUGGAAGAUGUGAAGCAAUAUUUUGAGCAGUUUGGGAAGGUGGACGAUGCCAUGCUGAUGUUUGACAAAACCACCAACCGGCACCGAGGGUUCGGAUUUGUCACGUUUGAGAGUGAGGACAUCGUGGAAAAAGUGUGUGAAAUCCACUUCCAUGAAAUCAACAACAAAAUGGUGGAAUGUAAGAAAGCUCAGCCAAAGGAGGUGAUGUCUCCCACGGGCUCAGCCAGGGGAAGGUCUCGAGUCAUGCCCUAUGGAAUGGACGCCUUCAUGCUGGGUAUUGGCAUGCUGGGCUACCCCGGUUUUCAAGCCACAACCUACGCCAGCCGGAGUUACACAGGCCUUGCCCCUGGCUAUACCUACCAGUUCCCCGAAUUCCGUGUAGAGCGGACCCCACUCCCGAGCGCCCCAGUCCUCCCCGAGCUUACAGCCAUUCCUCUCACUGCUUACGGACCAAUGGCAGCCGCCGCAGCAGCAGCAGCUGUGGUUCGAGGGACAGGUUCCACUCCCAGCCGCACAGGGGGCUUCCUGGGAACCACCAGUCCCGGCCCCAUGGCUGAGCUCUAUGGGGCGGCCAACCAGGAUUCAGGGGUCAGCAGUUACAUCAGCGCCGCCAGCCCUGCUCCCAGCACUGGCUUCGGCCACAGUCUUGGGGGUCCCUUGAUUGCCACAGCCUUCACCAAUGGGUACCACUGAAGCAGGGGACAGGUGGCAGGAGCACCCCAGCCUGCAGCUGACUGAGGACCAGAGCGAGCCAGCCAG